CUCAUCGCUUCCCAGUUUCAUAUCGUUGUGGCUCAGUGGUUGAAACCGCGCAGGAAGUCUGCAUCUCUGCAAUUGUUCCAGUUGGUUGACAAUGAUUUGGAUACUCAAGAAGACAUUUUAAACAGCUCAGGAGCAAACUUCAAUCAACCAGAUGGAAAUGAAAUUCGUGCCAGAAGCCACAACUUUCCAGCAAAUGUUCCAAACAAAACCAUGGACGGUGUCAGACCAUGUGAGAUGCCAAGAAGAACAUUAAAAGAAGAAAAGCAUUAUCUGUGCAGAAAUUUACAUGCAACUCUUGCUUCCUACACAAGAAACACCAAGAAACUUAUUCGAAAUAUGAUGGAAAGGCAGCAACAAUCUGUAGACUACCUAGCAAAACAGAUGAGGGAGUUGAUGAACAGAAUGCAUCUUUUAAACUCAGAGUUCCUGACAACUGAUACUCAUCAAUUUCCUACCAGACCAGUUCAGUCACAUGGUUUUGACUGCACUGAUAUUAAAGACACUCUAGGCUCUUUAUCCAGAGCACCAAGUGGAAUCUACAUAAUUCAACCAGAGGGUGCUGAUUACCCAUUUGAGGUGUUCUGUGAAAUGGACUUUAUGGGUGGAGGCUGGACUGUGAUUCAGAAACGGAUUGAUGGAACCAUUGAAUUUGUGCGAACCUGGGCAGAAUACAUGGAUGGCUUUGGUGAUCUUAGUGGAGAGUUCUGGCUGGGACUAAGGAACAUUUUCCACAUAGUGAAUCAGAAAAAUGUUAAGUUCAAUCUUCUCAUGACCUUUGAAUCAGACGAUGAAACCACAGCUUAUGCAUCUUAUGAGGAUUUUUAUAUUGGUGAUGAAAGUGAACAGUUCAAGCUACGUUUAGGUCACUUUACUGGAACAGCUGGAGAUGCAUUUCGAGGGUAUGGAUCACAGGAUGAUGAGAAUGGAAUGCCCUUCAGUACUUUUGAUUGUGACAAUGAUGGUUGUAAUCCACAGUGUAAUAUACAAGGACAUUUGGUUGACAGCUGCAGUGUUCACCACAAUAAAACUGGCUGGUGGUACAAUCAGUGUGGCCUGGCCAACUUGAAUGAAGCUCAUCUCAUGACAGAAAAAUCGCUUACUUCCCAUAUUCGUUGGGAGACAUGGAAACAAAAUGGGGUACCGAUCAAAAUUAAGUCAGUUUCAAUGAACCUCUUGCGAUCCCGUCCGCAUUUGCAGGGAUGA